AUGAAAGCUAUCUUCACCCUCGGUCUCAGCCUGCUGUCCGCGGCGCAAGCCCUUCCCUCAGCAAGGGCGGCAGCCUCAUCCACCGUGGACGGGACGCGUUUCUCUAUCGACGGGAAGACGGGCUACUUCGCGGGCACCAACUCCUACUGGAUCGGCUUCCUGACCAACAACCAAGAUAUCGACACCACUCUUGACCACAUCGCCACCUCCGGUCUCAAAAUCCUGCGCGUCUGGGGUUUCAACGAUGUCAACACCAAGCCCGGGGCCGGCACCGUCUGGUUCCAACUCCUCUCCUCGUCCGGCUCCCAGAUCAACACGGGCACCGACGGGCUGCAGCGCCUUGACUAUGUGGUCCAAUCGGCCGAGAAGCGCGGCGUCAAGCUGAUCAUCAACUUUGUCAACUUCUGGGACGACUACGGCGGCAUGAAUGCCUACGUCAAGGCCUUCGGCGGCUCCAAGGAGAGCUGGUAUACCAACGCCAACGCCCAAGCUCAGUACAAGAAGUACAUCGAAGCCGUCGUCAGCCGGUAUUCCAAGUCGGACGCCGUGUUCGCAUGGGAGCUGGCAAACGAGCCCCGCUGCAAGGGCUGCAGCACCGAUGUCAUCUACAAGUGGGCGACUGACAUCUCGGCGUACAUCCGCAGCCUGGAUUCGAGCCACAUGAUCACGUUAGGUGACGAAGGCUUUGGACUGCCGGGUGACACUACCUACCCUUACCAGUACACCGAGGGUACAGACUUCGUCAAGAACUUGGGAAUCAAGGAUCUGGAUUUUGGAACGUUCCACAUGUAUCCCGACAGCUGGGGCGUCCCGUACAGCUUUGGUGAGGGGUGGAUCAAGAGCCAUGCCGCCGCCUGCAAGGCCGCCGGCAAGCCCUGUCUCUUGGAAGAAUAUGGCGCCAACGCCAGCUGCGACAUCCAGAAGCCGUGGCAGCAGUCCUCCCUCGCGCUCGCCGCCGACGGCAUGUCUGGUGACCUCUUCUGGCAGUGGGGUGACCAGCUGAGCUCAGGCCAGACGCACAACGACGGCAAUACGGUCUAUUACGGCUCGGAGCUGGCCACGUGCCUGGUGACGGAUCAUGUCAAGGCCAUUGAAGCUGCGUCCUAG